AUGUCUGCUCCAGCUCAAAACUACAAGAUUGCUGAUAUCUCCCUAGCUGCCUUUGGUAGAAAGGAAAUUGAAUUGGCUGAGAAUGAAAUGCCAGGUUUGAUGGCUAUCAGAAAGGCCUACGCCGAGGCCCAGCCAUUGAAGGGUGCUAGAAUUGCUGGUUGUUUGCACAUGACUAUCCAAACCGCUGUCUUGAUUGAGACUUUGGUUGCCUUGGGUGCUGAAGUUACCUGGACCUCCUGUAACAUCUACUCUACUCAGGACCACGCUGCUGCUGCCAUUGCUGCUUCUGGUGUCCCAGUCUUCGCUUGGAAGGGCGAGACCGAGGAAGAAUACAUGUGGUGUAUUGAACAACAAUUGUUUGCCUUCAAGGACAACAAGAAGUUGAACUUGAUCUUGGACGAUGGUGGUGACUUGACCUCUUUUGUCCACGAGAAGUACCCAGAGAUGUUGACUGACUGUUUCGGUCUAUCCGAGGAAACCACCACUGGUGUCCACCACUUGUACAGAAUGAUGAGAGAAGGUAAGUUGAAGGUCCCAGCCAUUAACGUCAACGACGCUGUCACCAAGUCCAAGUUCGACAACUUGUACGGUUGCAGAGAAUCCUUGGUCGACGGUAUCAAGAGAGCCACCGACGUCAUGUUGGCCGGUAAGGUUGCUGUCGUUGCUGGUUUCGGUGAUGUCGGUAAGGGUUGUGCCGCCUCUUUGAGAGGUAUGGGUGCCCGUGUCUUGGUCACUGAAAUCGACCCAAUCAACGCUUUGCAAGCCGCUAUGGAAGGUUACGAAGUCACCACCAUGGAAGACGCUGCCUCCGUUGGUCAAGUCUUCGUUACUACCACUGGUUGCAGAGACAUCAUCAAGGGUGAACACUUCGAAAAGAUGCCAGAAGAUGCCAUUGUCUGUAACAUUGGUCACUUCGACAUUGAAAUCGAUGUCGCUUGGUUGAAGGAAAACGCCAAGGAAUGUAUUAACAUCAAGCCACAAGUUGACCGUUACUUGCUAUCCUCUGGCAGACACGUUAUUUUGUUGGCUAACGGUAGAUUGGUUAACUUGGGUUGUGCCACUGGUCACUCCUCUUUCGUCAUGUCUUGUUCUUUCUCCAACCAAGUCUUGGCUCAAAUUGCUUUGUUCAAGUCUGAUGACAAGGCUUUCAGAACCAAGUUUGUUGAAUUCGAAAAGACUGGUCCAUUCGAAGUCGGUGUUCACGUUCUACCAAAGAUCUUGGAUGAAGCUGUCGCUAAGUUCCACUUGGAAAAGUUGGGUGUUAAGCUAACCACUUUGAGCGAUGUCCAAUCCGAAUACUUGGGUAUUCCUCAACAAGGUCCAUUCAAGGCUGACCACUACAGAUACUAA